GCUUGGGAGAGUCAGGUUGGCAGCUGGAGUGACGCCGCAGCUGUCGAGGAAGAGGAUACGCUCAGGAAGGGCGUUGUUGCUUGAGACCGUGAAACGACGAGCGUGAGAUAGGCGCUUCGUCUGCCAACAUAAAGGCCGAGUGCCGGUCGGACUUUUUUGCAGAUAGCAAAGAAGGUGGUAGCGUCCGUGGAGGACCCACCGGUGGCAAAACAGGUGGUGGCGUCCGCAGGCGUCUGGCUGGUGCAUUCUGUCACGAUACCGCAUGAUCCGCGGUGGAUGACGGGAUCCGAGAAUCUGGCGAUGUUGGUGCUGCUGUGCGGGAUGUCGAGCUUCUCUCCCGUUACUGCCGACGGACUCUCGGAGCGGCGUCACGGUGCAUGCCAGCCGGUGUCCAUCCCGCAGUGCGCCGACUUGUCCUACAACCACACCAUCUUGCCGAAUCUCCUGGGCCACAACAACCAGGAGGAGGCGGCGCGGGCGAUGCGCUCCUUCGAGCCGCUGCUGAGCACCGGCUGCUCGGCGGAGCUCACCUUCUUCCUGUGCGCCGCGUACGUGCCGGUGUGCACCGUGCUGGAGGAAGCCAUCCCGCCGUGUCGGGGACUGUGCGAGUCGGUGCGGCGAGGAUGCGCGGCCCGCAUAGCCGAAGAAGGCGUCCAGUGGCCGGACAGAUUUCAAUGCGAGGGACUCCCCGUGGAAGGAAGCCUGUGCGUGGGCAACACCGCCUAACUUGCAGAAGGACGACUUCUUUGUUUUAUUUCCCUUCCGUCAUUUUCAUCUGCUUUUUGAAAAACGGUUGGGAAAAAAAAGGAAUAAAUAUAUUCGUGUUAAACAAUGUAAAAGUAUUGUAAAAAUCAAAUAAUAAAGUUUAUAAGGGUUUCCCUCA